ACACACACCAUGGUCGACCUCUCCAACUUACCGUACCCUGUUCCACCCCAUGAAAUUGAGAACAUAGUGGCCUUUGCCCGCGAACCGGCACUUGGCGUGGAGAUCCGUGACCGGAGAUGGCGCCUGCGGCAGUAUAGACAAUGCUUUGUGGGAUCAGAGAUGGUUGACUGGAUCCUGGCCUUCUACAACAUUCUGGAGUUUCGUCAUAGCGAUGCUCGGGCCAAGGCCACCUUGGUGGGACAGGAACUCGUCGACGCAGGUCUUGUCCGCCAUGUGGUUGACAAGGACAAGCCGUUUCGGGAUGCUACCCUCUUCUACGUCUUUUGCGAUGACUCGACCGAUGCUGGAGAUGGUGUGCCGGUGCCAGGUGCAGACAAGCCGGCCGAUGUGGACGACAUCUCCGACUUUGAAGUCAUCGACCUUGCCAUCCGCGCCCUCGGCAUCAAUCCGGAUGUCUUUUCCGACGAUGCUGAUGGUGUUGAUGACGACGACGCUGAUGACGCUCCAGAUGAUGGAGCGGCUGGUGUCGGCGACGCUGUGCGCCCACCGGUGGAGAUCAAGGACCGCAAGUACCGGCUUCGCACCUACAAGCAGUGCUUCCUCGGCUCGGAGCUUGUCGACUGGCUGGCGGCUGAGCUUGGGUGCUCGCGCGAGGCUGCGCUUGGCUUGGCGGUGCGGAUGGAAAAGGCCGAGGUGUUUGAGCACGUUGUCCGCGGCCACCCGAUCAAGGACGAGCCGCUCUUCUACCACCUGUGCAUGCCGCAGGCCGGAGCGCCGUCGUCAUCGCCGCUGAGCCUGUACCAGUUCGAGAUGACCACUCUCGAUGGCGACGCCUACGACUUUUCCGCCCUCCACGGCAAAGUGGUCAUUGUGACCAACAUCGGGACGCGGUCCAAGCUCGCCGAGUCACGCUUCCUCCAGCUGCAAGCUAUCCACGAGCUGUACAGCGAACAGGGCCUGAUUGUCCUCGGCGUCCCUUCGACCGGCGAAUUUGACGCGGCCGAGCCGAGCUCGGCGGCCGAGAUCCGGUCCAUUGCCAAUUCGUAUGGGGUCACCUUUCAGCUCCUCCAGGCUGCCGCCGUCAAUGGCUCGGAUGCGCAUCCGCUCUUUGCCUGGAUCAAGGACAAGGCGUCGUCGAUGGUAGGCAAGGCGUUCAAGGCACCGUGGACCAUGAUCGUCUUCAGCCGCACCGGUGAGCUCAUCAAGCGGUUCAGCCACACUCGCACCCCAUCAUCCAUGAUCCCGCUCCUCCAAGAUCUCCUCCUCGAGGUCUAGCCUCGGCUGCUUCCUCGCAGCACGGCGCUAUCAAACCAAACGAUCUAAGUUGUUUUGACUGCUGCCCCCCCCCCCC